UGACUGCUGUAUCUGUGGAUCUGUACUCCAGCACACGGGUUUGGAUCUGGAUUUUUGAGAUGAACUGGAAUAACGCAGGAAACCAGUUUCCCCCAGGCUCAGGCUUUUAUCCUCAGCCAAUGCCAGGAGGAUACAAUCCUCAAUAUCCACCAGGCACUGUCCCAACCCAGCCCUGCCCUCCUCAUCCUUGGGGUGCACCCGCUCAGCCAUUUGGUCCACCCUAUCAGCCAUGUGGUCCAGCCCCUCAGCCUUUGGGUCCACCUGGGUACGGUCCUGUAGCCCCACCUUAUGGAGGGUAUGGACCUGGCCAUGGUCCUUGGCAGGGACAUGGGCAUGGACAUAAUCAUGGACAUAAUCAUGGGCAUGGACAUUAUGGACAUCAUGGGCAUGGACAUCAUCAUGGUCAUCAUCAUGGACAUGGAAGUGGAGGUGGACUGCUUGGAAACCUGCUUGGACAUCACAGGCAUGGUCAUCGCCACAAACACAAGCAUGGUCACAUGCACGGCCGUUGCCACAAGAAAGGAAACACGUGUCACGGGUACUCCAGCAGCUCCUGCAGCAGUGACUCGGACUAGACCAAGAUGAAGGAAACAAGACAAGUUGCCACCGGGAAUCCUUCACCCUGCUACCUUACAGUAGAUUAUAAUAAACAGUUUGUUUGAUUUCAAAUGUUGGGAUUAUAAAUAGAGAUGUUCUGGUAUUGUCUCCGAUACUGCCUAAAAUGCUGGUAUCGGUAUUGGGAAGUACUGGAGUUAAUGCACCGAUCCGAUACCACGUAAUA